UGCAAGCCAUCGAAGUAUCGUGAUGUUUUCCAGACGAAGCAGAAUCAUCCACCUCGAUAUUGCGCCCUUACCACCUGUGCGUAGAGAAGUAGAGCAAAUCGUCACAAGGCAGUUCCUCCUAUGGACCUAAAUGGCACUGGUAGACUACUCGUCGUCGGACGAGGACAGCUCAGCUCACCCGUCGUCACCCUCAUCCCAACCAGCAGCCAAGAAAGCCAAGACAUUCCAGCAGCCAGGUACAGAUGCAGAUGUAGAUGCAUCAAAUUCAUCAACUAGUAAAACCAGUGACACCUCAGGUCUACCUCCCCUACCUCCCUCCUUCCACGACCUCUACGCCUCCACAGUCCGAAUAAGCACUACCGACGACCCAACUUUGCACCAAGGUCGCAAGCGGCAGAUACCGCACGUCGUCGGCAACUGGCCGACGCAUCUAUAUAUCGAAUGGCACCCACUCGGCGCCGAGCACUCGCUCCUGGCCUCUUUGCUGUCAACGCUGCAGUCGCGUCUCUCCAGCUCUGGUCUUGGCCCUGAUUCCGCAGCAGGAGUCAAAUUACACACCUUCCUCACCUCCGACCUAGGCGCCCCGUUACCCCUGCACAUCAGCCUCUCCCGCCCCGUCGCUUUACUCACGGCGCAGAAAGAAGCAUUUCUCUCACGGCUUAGGACGGUGGUCGGCGCGUCGGUGGUUGCGCCGUUCGAGUUGAGGCCUACGGCGCUGGAGUGGCAUCGCACGCGCGAGUCGGCGAGGUCGUUCUUGGUUUUGAGGGUUGGAACUGCUUCAUCGGCAGCGGUAUCCGCGGAGGAGCAUUCGACGGCAGCUCCUAUAGCCAAAGCAGAACCUGGAUCUGGUGCCGCGGCGACAACGACAGCGGUCCAGAACAUUGAACUUACAACCCUGCUGAAGCGUUGCAACGAUGUAGUCACCUCAUUCGACCAGCUGACCCUGUACACGUCCAGGGAAUCGGGGGCAGAUGUAGGUGAUGCGUUCCACGUCUCGAUAGCGUGGUCUUUUUCCGAGCCGACGGCGGAGCUACGCCAGUUGACCGAGGAUAUCUUCUCGGAAGUGAAGUACCGGGAGGGCCUUGGAGAGGCGCGGAUCCGGGUUGAUGGAAUCAAGGCUAAGAUUGGCAAUGUGGUUACCCAUUUGAACCUGCUGUGGUUGGGGACCGGGAAAUCUAGUAUGUUUGGAUUAUGAGAAUGAGACCGGAAUUUACGCGUAAGAUACCCACGAGGCGAGAAAAUGAGCGUAGGCAGGGACAGGGAUAUCGCGACACAAAAUCGAGAUGAGACGAUACAAUGAGUAA